AUACAAAUGCCAUUCAAUAAUGUUAUUGGUAGCUUAACCAAAGGAAUCUCGAAGGAGUUUCUAUCUGAUAUCUUUCUUGUUCUUCGACUAGAGUAAAUGUGCUCCUUGAGAAGGCAUGAAUUGCUCUUUAGAGCUAGGGCUCUUUUCGUUGGGUUUCGGUUCAUUUUUGUAUAAUUGAUGGUAAUGUCAUGCCUAAUUAGAAUCACAACAGAAAUCAAAAUUUGUCUGAAACUUGUUUAUGCUCAUCCUCUCUCUCCUCGUCUCAGUGGAGGACAAACCACGCCGCCUCCAUGGAGUUUCGCAAAGCGUGUAGAGAAACCCAUCGGGUCUGUUUUGAAUUCUGAUGCCUAACCGCACUCAAAUCGCCGUUCUCGUCGAGGAGGAGAUCUCCGGCUUGAGGUCGCGCUGGAAGACGUCGCGCGAGUGGCAGUACUCGACGACAAAAUCAAUUGAUGGAAGUACCUCCGACUCAGAUCCUCCGCGAAGAGUCCCAUCGCACAGCCCUCUUUCGAGGAGGAACGCAAAAUGGCCCUCGUCUUGGAUCACGAACUCGAGUUCCUCGACCAUUUGUUGUGUUUCUUCCUCGUUUCUCCGUCGACCACUUGUUGUGUUUUUCAAAUCUCGGUUUAUGCUGUCUUGUGAAUUGGUUCAGAUCUGGGCCUUAAAUACUAUUUUAUGGCAAUUUCUGGUUGCUUAAAGCCCCAAAAUGAGGAAUUCAUACUACUUUUCUUUAUAAAAUAAAGGAUGAAACAGGUCAUUUAGCCGAUAAAGAAUAAGUAAAACUCUUUCUUUUGUUGCACGUAGCCACUUCCAAGAUCUGUUGAAUCUGAAAAUCUUGCUGUUCGAAAAAUAUACUUUAUACUUUAUAUAGUAAUAAAAAAUUUAAAUGUGUAUAUACAUUUUAUUAAAAAUUUCAAUUACUGUACAUAAUUUUUUUCACAUUAUUUUAUAUAUAUUGAAUAGUUAUUAAUUAGUUUUAUCACACGCUUCUAAAUAUAUAAAUUUCUCAACUUUUUGUUUUCAUCUCUCAUUUUUCCAAUUUUUUUUAUGUUUUUUUUUAACUUUUAACUAAAUUUUAACAGUGAAUACCAACAAUUGUAAUCAAGAAAAUUUUAUAUUGUACUGUAUUUUAUUAUUGGAAUAACAAAUGUUAACUUUUAAAUCAAACACAUAUAUCUUAAUUAUUUUAAUGAGUUUAAAAGUAAUUUGAUCGAAAUAAAUAAAAGUCAUGAUCUACUACUACGCAUCCAAUAGAAUAAAAGAUUAGCUUAAAAUUAAAGCUAAAAAAGAAAAAAGGAAAAAGUGUGCAAUAGGGAGUAGACAGUAGACAGAAAAUCAGAGGCGCGAGUGGCGGUGAAGGCAGCGAGGGAAGGGAAGCAUCUUUAGCUCCAAUGGCGGAUACCUCAGGUCGAUCCAGGGACCUCGACAAGCUCCUUCUCCGCCCUGGCAAUCUCGUCGGUCCCAGGUUCGAACCAGGCGCUGAGUUGCGAGAUGACCUUCAGGCCUUCGCCAAAGUGUUGGUGGUAGGGGCCGGUGGCUUAGGUUGUGAGUUGUUGAAGGAUUUAGCCCUCUCUGGUUUCCGAAACCUUGAGGUCAUUGAUAUGGAUCGCAUAGAGGUUACUAAUCUCAACCGCCAAUUCUUGUUCAGACUUGAAGAUGUUGGCAAACCCAAAGCCGAGGUAGCUGCCAAGCGUGUCAUGGAGAGAAUUACUGGUGUCGAAAUUGUGCCCCACUUUUGCAGGAUUGAGGACAAGGAAAUAGAAUUUUACAAUGAUUUUAGCAUUAUUGCCCUUGGUCUUGAUUCCAUUGAGGCCCGGAGCUAUAUCAAUACUGUUGCCUGUAGUUUUCUAGAGUAUGAUUCUGAUGAUAAUCCUCGAGAAGAGACAAUCAAACCUAUGGUGGAUGGUGGGACUGAAGGUUUCAAGGGCCAUGCUAGGGUUAUCUUGCCAGGGAUCACACCGUGCUUUGAAUGUACUGUCUGGCUUUUUCCACCUCAAGUUAAGUUUCCUUUGUGUACCCUGGCUGAAACCCCUAGAACUGCUGCCCACUGUAUUGAAUAUGCCCACUUGAUUAAGUGGAAUGAGGUUCAUGGCGGAGUGGCUUUUGAUCCAGAUAACCCUGAGCAUAUGAAAUGGGUUUAUGACGAGGCUGUCAAGAGGGCUGAGCUUUUUGGCAUUCCUGGAGUUACUUAUUCUCUUACCCAGGGUGUUGUGAAGAACAUCAUACCAGCUAUAGCUUCAACGAAUGCAAUUAUAUCGGCUGCAUGUGCACUAGAAACAUUAAAGAUUGCAACAGAGUGCAGCAAAAUUUUGUCGAACUAUUUAACGUAUAAUGGAUCAGAAGGCCUCCAUACUGAAGUGGCAAGAUUUGAAAGGGACAAGGACUGUCUUGUGUGUGGUCCUGGUAUACGUAUUGAAUUGGAUACUUCAAUCACAUUGCAAAAGUUCAUGGAUCUUCUGGAAGAACAUCCUAAGUUGCGAUUAUCAAAAGCUAGUAUUACGCAUCAAGGAAAGAAUCUGUACAUGCAAGCUCCCCCUGUAUUGGAAGAAAUGACUCGAUCAAACCUGAGUCUCUCUCUUUUUAAUCUCAUGGGUAGAUUGCCCAAGGAUGUUGUGCAUGUGAAUGGUACAACAAUCAAGAACGACCAAAAGUUCUCCUGUUCGAGAAAAUUACGUGUUGUUUUCAAGGGAGUUGACGGGGUUACAGAUAUGGAUACAGCUGGAGGAGCAUAACUUACAACAUCCAAACAUGUUUUGCUGCUUGAAUUUUUUUGGCUCUAUAAGCAUAAUUAAUGUUAGAUAUCACAGCUUGUUUCCAAUAUUGGUCAGGUAAGGUUUUACAGUUUCUACUCUGUCAGUUAUUCAUAGUCGAGCAAAACUGUAACACUUGAUGCUGUGGAUUUGUUGCCCCACAGGGUGUAGAAUUUUGGCAACUCCAUUUUAUCAUAUGCGCUUAGAUUGAUGGAGCACAGUUAGACUAUGGAUAUCUGAUGCAAUUAAGUUGCUUAAUUGUUUCUAAGUGCCCGUAUUUCAUCUCUGAAAUUCUGAAGCCGGACUUAAAAUAUCUUGAUGGAGAUGGACUGUAAAUUUAUUGUGGUAGAGAAAUGUGUACGUGAGUAUCAUUUGGCAGUGAAUGGUUGAGAAUUUUGAACAUUCUGAUUACUAGUUGUUAUUAUUAUUAUUAAAGUGAGGUCAAGGCGCCUAUUUAGGCUUUGGAAUGAA